UAAAUAAAUUUCUUCGAUUUUAAGGAGUUAAGGAGAGAGAGUGCCUUAUCUUGUUCUACUUUGAAGCUCACACAGACAGACACUCCUGUCUUAAAGCUCAGCUCUUUAUCUGCCAACUUCUCUAGUAUAGGAAUUGGGAAACCUCUGUGAAUGGCCAACUCUUUAUGUUUCACGCCUUUUUGUUCCUUUCAGUCCCCUAACAAACCAGGGAUAGUUAUUGGCAAUUCGGUUGGUCGGAAGGUUCUUUGGGUGAAGGAAACGUUUCGGAAGUCUCAGACUGCUAAAUUUCAAUCUUUGGAGGUUAAGGCUACGGAUGGUAAUCAGAGCGCCAAGCCAGAUAGCUUAGUCUGUUCUGAUUGUGAUGGAAACGGUGCCAUAGCAUGCAGUCAAUGCAAGGGUACUGGAGUUAAUUCUGUAGACCACUUCAAUGGACAGUUUAAAGCUGGUGGAUUAUGUUGGCUAUGCAGAGGUAAACGGGAUGUUUUGUGUGGGAGUUGUAAUGGAGCUGGCUUUAUGGGUGGAUUCAUGAGCACAUUUGAUGAAUAGAAGUUGGCAAAAAUUUGGGUUCAGUGAAUUCAGUGAUUUGGAUUGUGGUUCACCAGAAUUGCUAAAUUUUGUUCUGAACAUCAAUAUACUUUUUAUACACGUUCAUGAAUGUUGAGACUUGAGGUUAAAUUCCUGGCUGCCAUGAUUGGACAUAUUCUGAAUUGAAACACUGCUAUGUUUUUGCAGUCAAAUGAAUUUUGAAUGUUAUUUGUUA